UUCCCAGAGCGGCGGUUGGCGCGCGUGCGCUUGCGCCUGCGCGCUGCAGUAGCAGCAGCAGCCCCUCUCUCUCUCGUCGUCGCCGGGGCCCUUUUCUUGUCUGAGGUAAAAGGAGGAAGAAGCAGCAGCAGCGGAACGGAGGGAGAGAGACCGGCCGCCUGAGGGAACCGGAGAAGGAAGAGGCAAGGCAGGCAGCCGGCCGGCCGGGCCUCAGCCCCGGGCCUCUCCCUUCUUCUCUUUCUCCUUCGCCGCCACCAUGAACAGUGUCGGGGGCGCCGACGAAAUCGGAAAGCUGUUUGUGGGCGGCCUAGACUGGAGCACCACACAAGAAACGCUCCGUAGCUACUUUUCCCAGUAUGGGGAAGUUGUCGACUGUGUGAUAAUGAAAGAUAAGACGACAAAUCAAUCGCGAGGGUUUGGAUUUGUCAAAUUCAAAGAUCCCAACUGUGUAGGGACAGUCCUGGCCAGCAGGCCCCAUACAUUAGAUGGUCGAAAUAUCGAUCCAAAGCCCUGUACCCCUCGUGGAAUGCAACCAGAGAGAACACGACCAAAGGAGGGAUGGAAAGGAUCCAGGAGUGAUAACAAAUCCAAUAAAAUUUUUGUUGGUGGGAUCCCUCACAACUGUGGCGAGACAGAGCUCAGGGAAUACUUCAAGAAGUUCGGAGUGGUCACUGAAGUGGUAAUGAUCUAUGACGCAGAGAAACAGCGGCCCCGAGGUUUUGGAUUUAUUACUUUCGAGGACGAACAAUCAGUGGACCAGGCUGUCAACAUGCAUUUUCACGACAUCAUGGGCAAAAAAGUGGAGGUGAAGCGGGCCGAGCCCCGGGAUAGCAAGAGCCAAACUCCAGGGCCCACCAGCACCAGCCAGUGGGGAAGCCGGAUCAUGCCUAGUGCUGCCAACGGUUGGGCAGGGCAGCCUCCACCUACCUGGCAACAAGGAUAUGGACCUCAAGGUAUGUGGGUACCAGCUGGACAAGCACUUGGUGGAUAUGGCCCGCCUCCUCCAGGUAGAGGAGCUCCGCCUCCACCACCACCUUUUACCUCGUACAUUGUCUCAACACCUCCAGGAGGCUUCCCACCCCCGCAGGGCUUCCCUCAGGGAUAUGGCACGCCUCCACCCUUCAGCUUUGGAUAUGGUGCUCCACCUCCUCCACCUGACCAGUUUGCCCCACCUGGUGUUCCUCCACCACCUGCCACUCCUGGGGCAGCACCACUAGCUUUCCCACCACCACCGCCACCAUCUCAGCCAACUCAGGACAUGAGCAAGCCACCAACCGCCCAACCAGAAUUCCCUUAUAGUCAGUUUGGACAGUAUGUCUCAACCAACAGCUGGAGGGCUCAGGAUCCUUAUGUGACCAUGUUGUUUAGAGCUGCCUUCCCCAACCAAAUGCAGAUGUGCUCAAUGACAACUCCCACUCACCCCUUGGCCAGGAUGGUUAUAUGGGAUGGAAAUGAUGGGUUUUGGCGUCUUGACCCAUUGGGGGUGGAGGGAAAGCUAGCUGGAUACGGACAAGACUUGAGUGGUUUUGGACAGGGCUUCACCGACCCCAGCCAACAGCCCCCCUCCUAUGGAGGCCCUUCAGUUCCACCUUCGAGUGGGCCGCCCGCAGGGAGCAGUGGUUUUGGCCGUGGACAGAACCAUAACGUUCAAGGCUUCCAUCCCUACCGACGCUAGCGCACCCAUCUGUAAAAAUCAGGGAGUUCUGUCCAGAGCAGGAUAUCUGGUCUCAGCUGAAACCCAGGAAUCCCAGACUUAUGAACUUGUGACAAUCACCUACUUUUUUGCCCAAGGGGGGGCUGGGGGAGGAACCGCAAGCGUAACAUCUUUCAGGGGAGUGUUAGCGGAGAAGUUGGCGGUGGCUUUGGAAAGCAAAGCUGUGGGUGUUUGGACUGCAGUUUUUAAUCCCCCCUCCCCUAUCUUUAACCCAUCAGCACAAAUAAAGAGCGUGUCACUGGUUCAAACUACAGGGUUUUAAAAACGUCUUCAGCUUUAAUUAAAAAAAAAACCUUCAGGUUUCUUUCUCUAUUUUUGUUGGAAAUUUAAUUUUUUUUUUCCUGAGCCUUUGCUUUACCAUAUAUUGUAAACUUUAUGUUUAAAGAAGAAGAAGAAAAAAAUAUAUAUACAUUUACAGAUUGUGAGAUUUUUAAGAGAAAUUUUCUACUAUGUAUGCUGAGUUAUUUUUUAAUUUAAAAAGAAAAAAAAAACAGGGUUUCCAUUAGCACUGGUUAGAAGUGAGGGUCAACUCCCAGCCACCUUUUGCUAAUGUAGUUGGUCCAGAAACUCUGGGAAUUAGAAAAAUGAAAAAAGGAAGGAAAAAAGAGGGAGGGAGGGAGGGGGGAAUCUACUUGUGUUGUUUUGUUACUGGUUUCUGAGCUGAGCUCACAGCGCAAGAACAGGGUUGAGCAGAAUUGUUUGAAAGGCACCGCGUCACUUCCGAAGCGCAGCGUUUCAACCUGAGCUUCAGUUCUUUAAAACCUUUUGGGGAUGUAGUUUUCUUUAAAGGGGGGUGUAAUGGAGGCCUUGCGAAGAUGUAGAUUUCCCUCAGGCAAAAAAACAAUAAUUAGUGCAUUUUGCACUAACCAGUGACUACCCCUGGUUUGAAUAAAGAAAAGUACAUUUGGAUUAGAAACACAAA